AUGGUCGGAAGCGCCGCACGGCGGCUUGUGUCUCCGCAGGCAGCAGCAGGAGGCUUCGAGUUCCCUGAGAACGGCGCCACUGCGGCCGCUGGCCCCCCCUUGUAUGAGUCUGACGCCUUCCGCAUUGCCGCCUACAAGAUCCUGCUGUGCAGCAACCGCGGGCAGCACGACUGGAAGACCUGCCCCUUUGCGCAUCCUGGGGAGCACGCGCGGCGCCGCGCGCUCGACAAGUUCAAGUAUGAAGCGGAGAUGUGCGCGCACGCGCGCCGCGGCGCCCGCUGCCCGCUCGGGGACGCCUGCCCCCAGUCCCACCACGUGUUUGAGAUGUGGCUGCACCCGGACCGCUACCGCACGCAGCUGUGCAGCGACGGCGCCGCCUGCAAGCGACAGGUCUGCUUUUUCGCCCACUGCAUCUCUGAGCUGAGGACCCCGCCCAGCCAGCGCUGCGGUGCGGCCGCGGCUGCGCCGCCGCCGCUGCCACAGCAGCAGCAGCAGCAGCAGCAGCAGCAGCAGCAGCAGCAGCAGCAGCAGCAGGUACAUGCCCAGCACAUGUACAGCCCCCGCACGACCUGGGGCUCGCCCGUCGCCGAGGACGCCGUCGACGCCGGCGGGUGGGCCCCAUCGAUCGCCGCACCCGCCCCGCACCGCGCCGCGAUGUCGGCGCCGGCGGGCGCCGGCGCCAGCGGUGGCGCGCUCGGCGCCGCGGGCGCCGUGUGGCCGCGUGCUGGCCUGGACAGGCUGCUGCUCCAGGUCUCCCCCGAGGUGCUGCAGCUGGCCGGCCUGGCCUGGGCGCUGCGGCAGUAA